AUGUUUUCCAGAAUUGUGAGAAACAAUGGAUCCUUAAUGUCCAAGAGAUUCCAGUCUCAAGCUAGCACUAGUGCUUCGGCCAAGUCUGCUUUCAAUAACAAACAUAACUUUAAUAUAAACCCACCUCCAGUGCACACAUACUGGACGAUGCGUAAUAGUUCAGUUCUCCUUGCUUUCAUUCCAGUAUACUUGCUUGUUGGAUACGCUAUCAAGUACACAUCUUCAGGACUUAGUGGCUACGAAGGAUUGUAUGCGUUUGCCGAUUCAGAAAAGUCACCUAUGAAGGAGCUCAAGUUCGGUGAAGCUCAACAAUCAAAGAAUUAA